AUGGAUAUAGAUGUUAUAGAUGAGAUGGAUAUAGACGAAGAUCUGAACUUUCGCGAUGAGAGUUCUAAUGUCUCAAGUUUUAAUAAUGGGAAUUUCAGGACAAAGAUGGCGGCUGGCUCAUUUUACAUACCACAAUCUAGCAAAGCACCUCUAGGGGAAGAUGCACAUUUUAUUUGCAUAGAGGAAGAAACCAUAGGUGUAGCGGAUGGCGUUGGUGGCUGGGCGAAAAAGGGUGUCGAUUCCGGAGAAUAUUCUAGACAGUUGGUUAAAAAUGCUGAAUUAUCGAUUCACAAGCAGAAAGAUCAGUGGUACAAAAUUGAUCCAAUGAAAGUUCUCAACGAGGCUUAUUUCAACACGAAAUGUAAAGGUUCGUCAACAGCUUGUAUUUUGACUUUAACGUGUGAUAUUGUACACGCGGUCAAUGUUGGAGAUAGCGGGUUUGUUGUUAUAAGAGAUGGGGUAAUAGUUUACAAAUCGGAAAUUCAACAAAAAAGAUUCAAUUAUCCCUUUCAGUUAGGGAAUGGUGUUAAACUUGAUGAUCCAAAUGUGGCACAAGAAAUUAAAGUUACAGUAAGAACAGGGGAUGUGAUAGUGAUGGCUACAGAUGGAUUGUUCGAUAAUGUUCACGGCUCUGAGUUGGAGAUACUAGUACGUGACGGGCUAGUGGAUUUAAGCGAACUGGGAACAUUUCCAAAGAUGUUAGCACAGAAGAUUGCAGAAUAUGCACUGCAGAAUUCAAAAAGUACAUGGAUUAAUACACCUUUUGCUGAAGAGUCCAACAAAGCUCGCAAACAUCAUCGUGGUGGCAAGCGUGAUGACAUUACAGUGAUAGUUGCCCAUAUUUUGCCCCGAUAGUUCUAUAUAAGGGUUUAGGGUUCAGGAUUUAUGGCUUGUUCUUAUCGAUGAUGUAAAACAUGCCUGAUCAAAUUCGUUAACAUGAGUUUGGAUGAACUUUCUUAUAAUCUUUUGCUAUU